AUGGAGGCUGCCGACGGCGCAGACGACAUUCCGUCGUAUUCCCUCAUACCCUACGACACGAAUCGCGAUGUGGUGCUUCGCCAUGCAGAUACGAUUGUGUACAGAGACCCACGAACGAACCAACUGGUACCAUUCCACCGCAACCAGAACACAGCGGUUGAAAGACGAGCAUCCAACUGUCCGACAUGUGGGCGACCAUUUCACCAACCCCCGGGUUCCGACACGCACGAUUCCGGAGGCAGUCCGAUGGAAGAUCAGCCCAGCUUCAUCACGCACGGCUACUUUGACAUGUUGGCGAGAAGUCUUCCCAACUCCAACGACACUUCGGCACCGCCAUCUCCCAGACGUCGUAUCGUACAGCCAGUCCGUUCACGUCUCCGUCCAUCUUCUUCUUCAGCAGCCACCACCACAGCAACCACAACCACCAGAAGUCCACCACCAGACGCCGAGUUUGUAGCGAGCACGCCCGCACCACCCAGUCAAGCCCAUGGAAUCUCAGAAACAGCCUUCUCACCACACUACUUUGAGAAAUUCUUCGUCGAGGAGCGCGAACUCGGACGUGGCGGCAAGGGAGUCGUCCUACUAGUCAAGCACGUCCUUGACGGAGUAACACUAGGCCAUUUUGCAUGCAAACGAGUCCCCAUCGGCGACGACCACGCAUGGCUGGAAAAGGUAUUGAUCGAGGUCCAACUACUCCAAGGCCUUUCGCAUCAAAAUUUGGUUUCCUAUCGCCACGUCUGGCUCGAAGACUACCAAAUCAGCACAUUCGGCCCCAGCGUGCCAUGUGCAUUUAUCCUACAACAAUACUGCAACGGAGGCGACAUGCACAACUACGUGCUUGGAGCCGCACAAACCACGACGACAACCCAAGAACUGAAAGAACGCAUUCGACGCCGAUCAAAGGGCGAAACCGAACAACUUCCUGGAGGGCGCCGAGGAGGACCCAACGAGCCCAAAAGACUGCAUUUCGACGAAAUCUACAGCUUUUUCCGAGACAUUACUUCGGGCCUCAGGUUUCUGCAUCACAACAAUUUCAUCCAUCGCGACUUGAAACCGAGUAAUUGUCUACUACAUACGAGCGGCGGGGAGACGAGAGUGUUGGUGUCUGAUUUUGGAGAAGUGCAGUACGAAUACGCGACGCGCAAGUCAACGGGUGCCACGGGCACGAUCUCAUACUGUGCCCCUGAGGUGCUAAGGAGAGUGGCGCCCGACGGGCCCUUUCAAAAUUUCACGUCCAAAUCGGACAUUUUCUCCCUCGGGAUGAUUUUGCAUUUCUUGUGUUUUGCCACACUGCCGUAUCGACAGGCCAACGUUUUGCAUGAGGAACGUGAAGAUAUUGAUCAACUCAGGGCCGAAAUCAUGGGUUGGGAAGGGUUCGAUGAUCAGAGAAAACUAAGGCCUGAAUUGCCGGCGCCGCUGUAUACGUUCCUCAAGAGGUUGUUGUCGCUCGAUCCGGCCGAGCGGCCUAGUGCCGAUGAUGUGCUGCAGGUUUUGACUUCGGGAAGACUGGAUGAUAUUUCAACUACAGGUCCCAGAAGGCGCAGCUCUAUUGAUCCCGAAGAAUUGACUCCGGGGAGAAGAGUGCAGAAGUUAGAAAGUCCUGGUCCGCACCCGCACCCGCACAAGCAUAGGGGUAGCAGUGGCAUCUCUGUCUCUCCUCAACGUGGAGCUGCCGCCGCGGGGCCAGCCACAAACACAAGGUCGAGGUCGAGACGGCUACAGCAGCAGCAACAACAAAACCAACAACAGCAGUCGUCGUCGUCCUCUGCCCUCUCAAGAUCGCGGUCUCGCGCCGGCGACAUAAAAGCGGAACCCGGAUCCGGAUCCGGACCCGUCAUCCAGAGUGAUCUUGAUCUUGAUCAGUCACCGUCAGGCUACUCGAGUGGUGGAGAGUCAUCAGCAUCUCUUUCACGAUCACGGUCUCGACCCCACCUGCAUGACAUGUCAACAACAGCAAACUCCCGGAAUAUGAACGGUGCCAUCAUGCCAGUCAUUCUGCGCUCAAAAUCAAAGCGUGAGCAUCCCGCAGAUGAAAAGAUCCCACCACCACCACCACCACUUCUUCUUCUCGAAGACAACAACAUUAACAACAACGUCAUCGACAACACACAUUCCCCAUCCAGUGUCCAAUUCAGAAUCUCGUCAAUCCUAAAUCAACGACUCACAUCCCCCUCACUCAAACUCCUCAUCCUGGCCUUGAAAUUGUUUUCUAUUCUUCAGCCGUGCCAGUCUCAGUUUACAGAUUUGUCCGGGGGGUUUAAUGCGGCAAUCGUAUACCCCAUGAUAGGAAUUGCUGUGCUCGAAUUCUCCCUGCGGGAUCUGAGGGUAUGGAAGGCCGCGCUGGCAAUGGCGGUUCAUGUCGUUGUGGUGGUUGGCGCGGUCAAGACGGGGACGUUGUGUCGACAACCUCCGACGCGACUGGCUUGGGAUGAUGGAUUGGGAUGA